ACGAAGGAAUUAAUCUAAUUUCAAAACGCAAAGUGCGUUUAUGUCCAUAAGGGGUGCUGUUUGACUUUACCGGCAAAAAUAUGCUUUUGAACAAGUAUUUUAAAACAUCUGAAUUUCCUGAUUGAACAACUUGGAACCACACCUCAAAAACGGAGAGAAACAGCAUACGUGCGGUCGGUGCUCUAUGUUGGUGUUUGAAAAGGCAUCAAACGGAUACUUUUGCUGGCUAUCCAAAUUGUUUGGGCACAUUUAAGAACGAAGCACAGAUAACAGGGACGCCUUGUCUGCACUAAGGAUCAUGUUAAUGUAGACUGACAUGGAGUCCAGUGAAUGAGGGCAGGAGGAUUCCAUCAUGUGUGUUUUGGACAGUUGACUUUUGAAAUCUACUAAGCCUCUGGGCAUGAUAAAACAGAGCUGGACGAGAGCCAUGUCAUUAUGAAAAGGGUAAUCAAAUGAUCGGCAGCGGGCCCAAAGGAAACUGAAGUCCAAACCCAGUGGUGAAAAACAACCUGUAGAAAGAAGCUGAAUCGUCACAGCAAGCGAUUAAACCCUAAGGACUUUAAUCUGACUGGAUACCAGAAGAAGGAUUAAGACACCGGGAGGCUUGAGAGAAUCAGGACCUGAUAUUUUGCAGGUGCUGGGUUUGGGGAUUGACCCACUUUGGCUAUCUGAUGCAAGGGAUCUGGAUGCACCAGGACUAUCCCAAGAUUGAGGGUCACAGGGGCUACCUGUCUUCACCAGCCUGCAAGGCGGCUACAGAGAGCAGGGCGCUGAACCGGCGGAGCCCGGGAAUGAGCGAGUUCUGGCACAAGAUGGGCUGCUGUGUGGUGGCUAAACCCCCACCGAAGAAGAGGAGGAGGAAGAUUGACCGCAGCAUGAUCGGAGAGCCCACAAACUUUAUGCACCUCACACACAUUGGCUCUGGGGAGAUGGCAGAAGGUUUGCCGCCGUCAGGGUCAGUCCAGGAACAGAUGAGGUCCAAAGGACCCAGCACCAAUGGCCGAAGCAGCCUCUUAUAGCCAACAAAUGGACCAAUCCAGAGACUCGAUGUGAGUUCCUCAUUUCCCCCUUCCUCGGACCCAGCCUCAAGCCAACCUGCAUGGACCAACUCUGCAUAUUGCACUUAGGCCCACAAUGACCACCGCAAAUGGCAGAAUAAAAAAACAAAGAUCUAAAACAAUGACUUUAUUUCCCAGAAUCCCUUUCAGCCCCCAUCACCAGUUUAAAAUGGGACAUGACUCCUGCCAUGAAGAGGGGAAAGUACCCUGGAUUCUCACUCAGCACUGGGGACUGGAUGGGAUUAUUUGUGGGCUUUUAUGUUGCUUUGAUUAAACAUAGGAGGGUUCAGCUACUGGCGGAUACGGAGUUUCCCAUUUUUGUCUCGGUCUCAAGCAAGGGAUUGUCCGAACAUUUCAUAUUUCUCUAACAAGACCGUCUCACAAGUGUGAUACUGAUCUUGCAAUAACGCAAACAAACAGGUCUUCUUUAUUCUUGACUCGGAAGUGGUGCGUUUGCCCUUUUAAGUGUUGUGCCUUUAACGAUUAUAAUGCCUUUAUAAGUAGUGCAUGGUGGAAAUUGAGUCCAUCUGUUUCCUGACAAGCACGCAUUUUUCAUAUGUAUUGCUAAAGUGCAGUGGCCAAAUUGAUAUUUUUGGAAGUGAAGUUUCUCAAUUGACAAGCAGGAUGUGGCAUCUACCUUGGCUCCACCCACUACUUGUCUGUAGUAGUUUGAGAUCCAAUCCUAGCAGCACUGUAGACAUCCAGGGGUGGGAGUGGUCACUUGUAGGCCUACAGUGCUAAUGUUUUGGCACUUUGCAUGUUUCACGUGGACAGUUCUUAGACAUCAUCUCACACAUUCCACCAUUAGUCACUGUCUUUCUUACAAACACGCCAAGUUUCUCAUAGACACCCCCUCGUGUACAUACUUCUACCUUAAGUGUUAUUGCCAAAGUUAUGCCUUUUAUAUAUUAGGUGCUUUUUUUACUACCAUGCAUGAUUUAACACCAGCCAAUCUGAACACUGGAUAGCAUUGGCAGGUAGCCUAGCCAUUAGGGAGUUGUGGCACUAACCCGAAAGGUUGCUGGUUUGAAUACCCAAGCUGACAAGGGGGGGAAAAAAAUCUUAUCGAUAUGCCCUUGAGCAAGGCACUUAACCCAAAUUUGUUCUACUAUGGCUGACCCUGUAAAAACAACACAUUUCUCUGCACCUAUCCAGUAUGUGACAUAACAUUUUAUUUAUAUUUUCAUUACCUUCUGUAGUGUCCCUGUACGCUCGCUUGGUGUUUAAAGAAAAUGUGUGUGGUGUGCACAAUUCUACACUGAAUGCUUAUAGAAUUGACCCAUCCCGAAUUCUCCUUUUUAUUUGGGGGGGGGGGGGGGGGUAGUAGUCUUGUUGAGCAGUCCACUUCUAAACAUUUGCAAGCUGAACGUAAGAUGCAGUAACUAAUCUCGAUCUCAAUUGGCUUUAUCUAAAAGCUCUCAGGCAGUUGGACUGUCAGUUCAGCAGGGUUAUGUCAACAACGCCACAAAUUGAUCAAAAACCAUGGCAACUUGGCUUUGGGUCUCCUAUUGCACAGUGUUAGUCUUAGAAUUGGCCCCUGUCAUUCUAAGCUGAGACAUGCUCAUUAGCUUUUUAGCUAUUCUGAAAGGUAACCUUAUGGGCUUUCUGUUUCAAUGACAAUCUACAAUUCAGGUUAGAGGAAAUGGCAGAGCCUAUAAUACUGCAGAGAGAAAGUGAUGGCUGAUUUUUGUUAUACGAAAAAUAACAGGUCACAAGUUGUCUUGACUCAUGACCGCUAAAUGGACCAACUGUUGUCAUAUUCUAUUUAGAUGCCUACUACAGUUCAAACGCUUGCAGUAUGAGUGAGUUUGCAUAGAAAUUAUUAUAAUUAUUUGUUUUUAAUGUUUUACGACUGCCCUUAUUAUUAUCAGCUUUGGAGCCAGAUUUUUAAGUUCUUUGUUAAUGUUUUGUUUCAUAUGCUGAAGAUUUCUAAUCUCAGACAGUAGAGAUUCCAGGAUGCAAUGUACCUACUUUUCAGUCUCUCUGUUAAUGUUGCAGUCUUUUCCUGGGUCUCCCUCUUUGCUCUGUUUUUAAUUGGUCAUGUGUUACACAGUCCUCCUAUGAGAACGUUGGUGGACAGAUGUGUGAGAGGAGAGUAAGUGUUUCGCAAACCUUUGAGUGUUUUCUCGGCUUCUGGCCUUUUUCCCCUCCUGAAAAUACAGUCAAUAUUUUAUGUAUGUGUUUGUUUACUUAAAAGAGCCAUUUACUUUUGAAGGUGCACGUCCUCAAGUGUAUAGGAAAAAGUAAUUUGUCUGUCUGUCACUUAAGGAAUCCUGCACAGACAAAUUAUACCCAGUUGAACAGUUUAGGGAUAACUGUAGACUGUAGAACUGUUAACUGUAUAAUAUUUUAGGGAAAUCAAACAUUUUCAAGUUUGAAUUAGUCUUCAGACUCAGAUUGACAGCAAACAUCUCUAAAGAAAUCACUGUUGAUAAUAACUUCUGUUACAUUUGCUGUGAGGAACUAAACUCAAAUUUAAGUUCCCCUGUUUCAGUCUGAGUGAAUUUCACUGCAAAGUUGCAGGAAGAUACUGUUACGAGAGGUUUCACCCAGCCUGUGCACAUUUCAUCCUCCAUCUUGUGUUUUAUUACAAGCAGCUGUUUCUGAUACCACAGUAAUCUCAACAACCUAUAAUAAUGCUUUUAGUCUGAGAAGCCCAGAGUCUAACCAUGGGGCAGAGCCCAGGAUAACACAUUCAUUACCUACUUCACUAGGGGGGGGGGGGGGGGGGAGUGCUCAUGGAAAAACUGAAGAUGUGGUAGGUGUAGUAGUUUGGUGGGAAAAGUCUGAAGCUAUUGUCUUUGCAAUGACUAGUGUAAACUUGACACGGCAAGGAUGAGUGUAUAAACAAACUUCUGGCUGGCCAUAGUUAGCUAUUUGUAAUGUAUCACAACAGACUAGAAAUAUAUUUCACUUGAAAGUAAAUUUGUUUGGGAACCA